GUUUUAGCGUGCACGCAUGGUGUCGUUUAUUAAAUUAAUACACGGUACACGCGAUAUCCAUGACCAUUUUGAGGUUAUGUGCGAUUUAUGUUAUUUAUUGCUUCUUUAUUGAUGCGUUCAUCUUUUUGUUAAAUUUAUGUGGCAAGUUUUGAAUGAUAAUUCUCAUUAUGCAGUUUGGUCAAACAUUUGAUUCUUUUGCUCAGUUUAAAAGUACGCUAAAUCAGUAUGAAACAGUGGACAGACAAAAAUUUGUGAUAAAAGGUAGCAGAAGCAGAACAAUUGAGGCAGCACAGAAAAUGUUAAAGCGAAAACUAAACAGUGACCUAAAAUACUAUGAAGCUCAGUUGUGUUGUGUUCAUGGUGGUGUUGUAAGGACUCGUGGAAAAGGCAUACGCAAAACAAGGUAGAAACGUUGAACUAGGCAUUAACCUAUAAAUGGUGUCAGUAGUUUGAUCUUGGCCAUCAAGUAGUGCCAUUAACAAUUCGACUAAAAGUCACUUUUUUAUUUAGGUAAAGUAUGAUAAGAAUUGAAUAUCUAAGGAUUUGUUUUUACAUAUUUUAUAACUCACAAGAUGAACGGCCCAGCUAAAAUUAAAAUUCGAGCUACUAAAGCAGGCGAUCGUAAGAAGAAUGCUAGUAAUGAUUUAGAACAUAUAGUAAAGGAGCUGAAAGAUAUUUACAAAUGCAAUGUCCACAUUCUACACGAUUCGAGGAAUCAUUUUAAAGCUCUGUAUUUUUCUACAGAUUCUAUGAGGAAGGCAAUGAAAGCCUGGCCUGAAUUUGUCUCAAUAGAUGGAACUUACAAGUUAUUAAAUUUAGGAUUUACUGUAUUCAUAAUUUUGGUAGAAGAUUCGAAUGGUCUAAGUGAAAUAGAUGCUGUAGCUUUAACUGCACACGAGGAUAAAGGAUAAAGAAACGUUUUCUUGGUUUUUAAAUACCUUUAAGGAUGACAGUUCGAUUUCGGAAUAUCAAAUAAAAUGUAUAAUGGGCAAUAAAGAUUUAUUACAAAGAAAUGCGAUAAAAGAAAUUUUUCCAAAAGUCCCAGUAUAUAUUUGCUUAUUCCAUACUUUAAAAACUAUGAAACGUGAGUUAUCUAAAGAAAAAAUGAACAUAAUAAAUGAUGAAAGGACUAGAGCCUUAAAGCUUUUAGAAAAUCUUGCUUAUAGCAGAAGCGAAGAACAGUAUGAUCAAUACUAUAAACUACUGCAACAAACUCUACCCCACUAUCAAUAAUUACCUAUUAUAAUAAAAACUGGCAUACUAUAAGAGAUGAAUGGACAGUUUACAAUAUGUGUCAUGGUAAUUUAUUGAAUAGAACAAACAAUCGGUUAGAGGCAAUAAAUGGCAAAUUAAAGCAGGUCAUACAGAAAAAUAGCAGUAUAUCAGAAUUUUUAAAAUGUUUUUUAAUUUUUUUACACUCUCAUGAAAACGAAAGAGAUAAUAGGGCCGCACGAUUGGUUUUAACAAGGGCUAUUACAGUGUUUGGAAAGGACAGCUGCGAAUUCCAUUAUGAAGAAUUUCUAACCCCUUAUGUAAACAGAUAUAUUCAAAUCAAAUUAAAGAAUCAAAAAAUGUAAACAUUGUGUUGAAAGACAACAAUUUAAACAAGUAUGAAGUAAAAUCAAAAGGAAAGACCUAUCAUGUUUGUCCAAUGGAGUGCACUUGUACACAUUUUUCAUCAAUGCUAUUGCCAUGCAAGCAUAUUUUUGCCGUUAGAAGAUUGGCAAAAAUAAAAUUAUUUGACAAAAAUAUAUGUAAUAAAAGAUGGUCAAAAAAAUUUUAUUUAAAGCACCAAAGGACAACUACAAAUGUUGUGAAUAAAAGCGACCAAGCAUCCUCACAACCUUUUUCUGUAACCCUAGCUACAAAUCCUGUUAUUCAAACAGUGCAACAGAAAAGAAAAAAGCUCUUUUUUAACCAAUUCUCUAGCAAAUUUAGCAAGCUUAUCUUCUCGGACCUGUUUUAAUUACAAAAUGAAUGUACUAGAAAAAAUAGAAAAUCUUUGGCGGCAAGGUCGUGAAAUAGCAGUAAGUGCCAUUCCUACAGAGGACAUUACAAUCCAGUCAAUAGAAAAUGUUGAUAUAAGCAAGUUGGUUGAGGUACAUGAUGUGCACAUUGAAUUUGUAGACUUAGGAAAAGAAGAAGACACUCAAAAUAUGGAUAAUCAGGUUAUAAGUAACAUCAAGUUGCCACCAAAAAUUAAAGUAAAAGGAAGACCGAAAGGCGCUGAACAAACGGUGAUUGGACUAAAACGAAGGCGGAGAAAAUAGCUUUUAUGUUUUAUAAAAUGUUUAUAUCUCAUAAAAUGUUUAUUUGAUA